UCAAACUGUGAUUUGAUUCGUGUAUAGCUGUAACAUCCGUACUUUGUCAAAAAAAUCGAAAUGUUUAACGCUAAGGUGAGAUAGGAAGUGGCAUAACUAUCUGUGUUCCUGUUUUACUUGAACGCAUCAGCAAAAUGUAUAGCAGCAGAAGGGGUGAAAAUCAUUCAGAGGAGGGGCUUGAUGCUAGCUGAGGGGAAAAAAAGCUCGAGUUUCCGAGUUUACACUGUCUUUUGGUCUCCGAUUGGACUGCACAAUCAACUGCUCAGCUUCCCCUUACCCCUGGUACAGACAUUUCAUCUCAUCUCACUAUGGCUGCGAUUGGAAACCGUGGAACAGUGACCGAGGCGCCUGGGUUCGACCCUGAGGCAGACAUGCAGAAACUUCGUGAGGCUAUGAAGGGAGCUGGCACUGACGAAGCCGCCAUCAUCGAAGUAUUAGCCCAUCGCACCAUCGCCCAGAGGCAGCGUAUUAAGGAGGCCUUCAAACGGGCAGUGGGGAAGGACCUGGCUGAUGAACUGUCCUCAGAGCUGAGUGGGGAUUUCCGGAGCGUGGUUUUGGGUCUGCUAAUGCCGGCACCCGUGUACGACGCCUCUGAGCUAAGAAACGCCAUGAAGGGAGCCGGAACAGAGGAAGCGUGUCUCAUCGAUAUUCUGGCUUCCAGAUCUAAUGCUGAGAUUAAAGCCAUCAUUGCAGCCUACAAGAAGCAAUUCGGGAGGGACCUAGAAGAGGAUGUGAUUGGUGACACUUCAGGAAUGUUCCAGAGGGUUUUGGUCUCUUUACUAACGGCUGGACGUGAUGAAAGCGACCACGUGGACGAGGCCCUGGCUUUGCAGGAUGCCAAGGAAAUCUACGAGGCAGGCGAGGCUCGAUGGGGCACGGAUGAGGUGAAAUUCCUGACUGUGCUCUGUGUCAGGAACCAGAAGCAUCUGUUACGAGUAUUCGAUGAGUACCAGAAGAUUUCGGGCAAAGACAUCGAGGAGAGCAUCAAGGGAGAAAUGUCGGGAAAUCUGGAGGACGUCUUCCUGGCCAUAGUGAAAUGCAUGAGGAACAAGCAAGCAUUCUUUGCCGAACGUCUGUACAAAUCAAUGAAGGGUCUGGGCACCACGGACAGUGUGCUCAUAAGGAUCAUGGUUUCCAGGGCUGAGAUUGACAUGUUGGACAUCAAGGCGCAGUUCCAAAAGAUGUAUGGCAAGACUCUACAGUCGUUCAUUAAGGGAGAUACAUCGGGUGACUACCGCAAAAUCCUACUGGAGCUUUGUGGAGGAGAGUAAAAUGAAGCACCAAAGAGCGAAAUCUCCCAUCCAAAUUAUCAUCCCCAAAGAGUACGAGUAUGGAUGAUGCACUUUUCCUAAACUUCAACGGCCUUGUCUGUUCUCAAUUUCAACAGACCACUUUACCUUGUUUUAUUAUAUCUAUGACCAAUUAAACCAAAGACCAGUGACCUUUUA